GGUCGUUAGUAAUGAAGAACACUGAGGAUAGUACGGCGAUUUCUACAUUAUAGAAGAGAUAAACAAACAUGUAAUAGCACACUUACGACGUUAUUUACUCGUUUUUUAUCACCUCUACACCUAAGUCAUUUUCUUUAGAUAUUUGCCGCAUUGUCACUGCGUAGCCGCGAGCCGUUAGUGAAAUCAGUCUGUCUUUCUGCAUCAAAACGAAGUUGUUUGCCGUAAGGAGGACGACGUGAAAAAAUGGCGUGAAACGAUGAGCUUUACCACAUUUUCUAUCUGACCUCUGUCAGGGACAGGUGUCUGUGAUCACCCAUAAACCAAAAAGGGACACUGCAAGUGAAUUAGUUUUCCCAUAAAUUCACUUAAUAUUGAGGUGGAAAGCCAUGGCUUGGGCUCUGAAACUACCCCUUGCCGAUGAGGUGAUCGAGUCUGGUCUGGUCCAGGAUUUUGAUGCCAGUCUGUCAGGAAUCGGGCAAGAACUUGGAGCUGGAGCUUACAGCAUGAGUGAUGUGCUGGCUCUACCCAUCUUUAAGCAGGAGGAGUCUAAUUUACCUCCAGAAAGCGACAAUAAGAUUCUUCCCUUUCAGUACGUGCUUUGUGCCGCCACAUCUCCUGCCGUUAAACUGCAUGAUGAGACGCUCACCUACCUCAAUCAAGGACAGUCUUAUGAGAUUCGAAUGCUGGACAAUCGUAAAUUGAGUGAACUUCCUGAGAUCAAUGGUAAAAUGGUGAAGAGCAUCAUCCGUGUCGUGUUUCACGACCGCCGCCUGCAGUACACCGAACAUCAGCAGCUGGAGGGCUGGCGUUGGAACAGACCGGGAGAUCGAAUCCUUGAUUUAGAUAUCCCGAUGUCCGUGGGAGUGGUCGAUCCCAGGGCAAACCCUACACAACUAAACACAGUGGAAUUCCUUUGGGACCCCUCAAAGAGGACCUCUGUGUUUAUUCAGGUUCACUGUAUAAGCACAGAAUUCACUAUGCGCAAGCACGGAGGAGAAAAGGGAGUGCCGUUUCGUAUUCAGAUUGACACUUUUAAGGAGAACGAGGCUGGAGAAUACACCGAACACCUCCACUCCGCCAGUUGCCAAAUCAAAGUCUUUAAGCCUAAAGGAGCAGACAGAAAACAAAAGACAGACCGAGAAAAAAUGGAAAAACGGGCACCACAGGAAAAGGAGAAAUACCAACCUUCAUAUGAGACAACCAUUCUCACUGAGUGCUCUCCAUGGCCUGAGAUUACAUACGUCAACAAUUCCCCAUCACCAGGUUUUAACAGCUCCCAAAACAGCUUUCCUGUAAUUGAAGGAAAUGGUUCACCCAAUCAUCAGCCGGAGCCUGUUGCACAAUUAGCAGAUUUGUCGUUCCAUCUACUUACAAGAGACAGUGAAAGCAACCAGAACCUGUUGCCCACGGCAACACCACAGGAAGCACAGCAGUGGCUCCAUAGAAACCGAUUUUCACCGUUCUGCCGUCUCUUCUCAAACUUUUCGGGGGCCGACAUGCUCAAACUGACCCGAGAAGACGUCAUUCAGAUCUGUGGACCUGCCGAUGGCAUUCGGCUUUUUAAUGCACUAAAAGGACGGGUUGUCCGUCCCAGACUUACCAUUUACGUGUGUCAGGAAUCCCAGCAGGCUCGUGAACAGCAGCAGAAACAUGAGAACGGAGAUGGAUCCAACAGCACUUUCUUCGUGUAUCACGCUGUCUAUCUGGAGGAGUUAACAGCCGUGGAGCUGACAGAGAAGUUGGCUCAGCUCUUCAGCAUUUCUCCACGCCAGAUCAGUCAAAUCUUCAAACAAGGGCCCACUGGUAUCCAUGUGCUAGUCAGUGAUGAGAUGAUUCAGAACUUUCAAGAUGAGAUAUGUUUUGUCCUGGACACAAUGAAAGCUGAAACAAAUGAUGGCUAUCACAUCAUUUUAAAGUGACAACAAAGGAUAUGUGGGGGAGCGAACAGAGCCCUCUGUCUUUCCUAAGAUUCAACCCACAACCCCGACACUCCACACUUCCCGGACCGCGCCGCAGAUCGCUUUGCUCGGAAUAGUAGUGGAGGCAAUCAUGGAAAAGGAAAAAGGCAUCUGACCCUUUUUCAUUUCCCCCCCUCUCUCAAAAAUCUAAGAAAUCUUGCUUUAUCUGCAUUUCUUUGCUUUGUUGCUUUUUAAACUGAAAAAUGAUUUAGUCUUAUAGUUGUAAUGUGCUAAAGCCUUUCCUGACUUGCGAUGAGCGAUUUAGCCGGUAUUAAAUACAGUAUUAUUAAAUGUCACCUGUCUGGAUAUCACCCCCUGAAUAUUUAGACCCCCAUGUGAUAUGCAGUCCACAAGCCUCAAAGAAAACUCUCUUUAUAAACAAAACUGAAGAAAGAUGAAAGUUAAGUCACAGUCGAGGGACUUGUCAAUAGCAGCCAAGGAUAUACGGUUGGCCCAGAGAUUUCAAGUGUAAAAAAAAAUGCAAUACAUCUUUUAUAAGAAAUUGUUGAACGUAAAGUAGGCGGUGCCUUUCUCAUACGCUGUCACCUUGUUUAUAAAGAAACUGUUUAAUGUAUGAUCUCAAAACUUGGCAUGAUGUUGUUAGGUAUGGAUGGGAAGAAAUGAAUUGAUACUGCCAUCCUGGUAUUUUUGGUUUAUUUAAUUGGCUGUUUCAAGUCAAUUGAUUGGUUACUUGUUAAUUCCUUGUUAAGCCAGCUCAGAUCGACUUGACUCUUCAUGACUGUUCAGGCAUGAUAUGAGGUUCUCGAGUCUUGAUUCCUGAGACACUGCCACAAAUGCACAUGACGUCACUGGCGGGAGAUGAAGCUGGCAGCAUCGGGCAUUAUGUAUGUUCCUUUCUAAAACUGUAUCAUAGUCCUCCCCCAACUUGUUUUUCAGCGUUGCGUAUGUUAGUAUAGUUUUAACUGAUUACCAAGAGCAUUAUUUUAUGGUAUAAAUUGAGAGAUAUCAUGUUUUACUUCUGUUUGUUUUUUUCUUUUGGAUAUGACCACUGAUGUACUAAGCCUUUAGAUGAGGUAAAGGGGAGAAACAUUGCACUGCAUUUGAAAAGAUAGUUGUGAUAAGUGCUAAAAGCAAACUAGACCAAGACUGUAAAGAAGUGAGUUGUUGUCUGUUGUGACCCUUUACCAUGUCAUUGCAAUGAUUAAAUAACUUACCUUGAAGCUUA